GGGUUUUGAUAGAUGUUAAACGCGUCCGAAAGCGUGCUGCGCAUUUAGAAAGCUGCGGCGGGCGAUGCAGGAAUGAAUUGAGCAUGGUCAGUGAUUGAGGCAAGCUGAUGCCGCGUGACGUAUAGAGAAUUCCGCAAAACCUCCUCCUCCCUCUUUCCUCCUCCCUCUUGCUAUAAUUCCACCAUGUUCGGCAAUUCUGGUCGAAGAGGUGGUGGCUUCGAUGACGAAGAGAUGCACUAUCCUACCCGUCCUGUGGACAAGGAGAAGGCCGAGCAAGAACUUGUGGUGAACAUCAAGAAGGCUACCAGUCCUGAAGAGACUGCGCCCAAGCAGAAACAUGUCCGGAAAUGUAUCGUGUUUACAUGGGACUAUCACACAUCCAUCUCAUUCUGGAGUGGCCUCCGUGUCCAACCCAUCCUCGCGGAUGAAGUGCAGACCUUCAAAGCUCUCAUUACCGUGCACAAGGUUCUGCAAGGAGGACAUCCUGUCACUAUCAAGGAGGCCCACGGCCAAACUGCCUGGCUUGAAACUUGCGCACGGACGCUGGGAUCUGACGGCUCGCGAGGCUACGCUCCCUUGAUCCGAACUUAUGUGCAGUACAUUCUGGCCAAGCUCAGGUUUCAUCGUCUGCGACCGGAGUUCAACGGAUUGUUCGAGUACGAAGAGUACAUCACUCUCAAAGGAAUCGAUGAUCCCAAUGAAGGGUACGAGACGAUAUCCGACUUGAUGGGGCUUCAAGACCAGAUCGACUCGUUCCAAAAGAUGAUCUUUUCUCAUUUCAACCACUCUUCCAACAACGAAUGCCGGAUAUCUGCACUGGUGCCGCUUGUUCAAGAGAGUUGGGGCAUCUAUCGGUUCAUCACGAGUAUGAUGCGUGCAAUGAUUAGACGAACUAACGAUGCGGAUGCUCUUGAACCUCUUCGUCAGCGAUAUGUCUCUCAACAUUACAACUUGCGCAAAUUCUAUUAUGAAUGUUCAAACCUCAAAUAUCUCACUGGGUUGAUCAAUGUUCCUAAACUUGCCCAGGAACCUCCUAAUCUACUUGAUGCCGGAGAUGUGCCAGACCUUCCUCCUCGUCCAAAAACGACUACGGCACCGUCCCCGCCGCCUGCGCCAUCUCCCGAUGCGGCAACUGUCAACGAACAGGCUCGAAUGCUGAAGGAAUACGAAGACCAGCAGGCUGCGCUUGCUGCCAGCAGAGAGACAGAAGAGCGGGCUCGGCUUGAGCGCGAGGCGCAACAGGCUAGAGACUUUGAAGAGAUGCAGCGCAGACAGGCCGAAGCUCAGAGACAGGCUCAAGAACAGCUGAUGCUUCAACAGCAACAGCAAGUGUACAACGACCAAGCUGCGAUGCGCGCUGGCCAGCUCGAGCAGGAGCUACUUGCUCUGCGUGGCCAAUGGGAGCGGGACCAGAUGUUCCUGGAGCGUUAUGACCAGCGAGUGCGAGCUCUGGAACAAGAGUUGGCUGCUGUCAAUGCCAAUGUUGGCUCUCAAAUGGCUGGCAAAGACGAGCUCAUUAAGCAGCUGCAAGACCAAGUAACGCUGUGGAGGAACAAGUACGAGGCUCUUGCCAAGCUGUACAGCCAGCUCCGGACGGAGCACUUGGACAUGCUUGCCAAAUUCAAACAGUUCCAGCUGAAGGCCAACUCUGCUCAAGAAGCGGUCGACAAGAUGGAGCGAAUGGAACGCGAUUUGAAAGCGAAGAACCUGGAGCUUGCUGACAUGCUCCGAGAACGCGACCGAGCUCGAUUUGACAUGGAUCGCCAAAAGUCCAACCACAAGGACGAGAUUGAUCGGCUCAGACGGGAUCUUAGCUUUGCCAAUGAGAGGGCGGAAGAUGCCGCUCAUUCUCGGAACUCCGAGGUUUCCAGUGUUCUGAGUAAAUACAACAGACAGAUCCAGGAGCUGGAGGAUUCGCUUCGGGCCAAACAAAUUCAAAUCGAUGAUCUUCUCGCGAAGGUUAGCAGUGCCGAGAUGGAUAUGGACCGUCUGCGCGAGGAAAAGGACGAGGAAAUUCUGGUUCUUAACGCAAGCAUGGACGAUACCAUCCAACGUCUGCAAGAAUCCCAAAUGGCACUGAAGGACGUCAGCGGUGCUAACGACACGGAGAUCGACACUCUGAUUCUGGACAACCAGAAGAAGCUGAAUGAGAUCAUCGAUUCGAUCUUGAAGGCUUGCAUGCAGAAAGUGGAAGAUGCCAUCUAUGAGCUCGAGUCGCCGUCCCAGACUGGCAACGCCAACGCGACGCCUGAAUAUACACUGUCGAUGAUCGAGAAGGCGGUCAACAACGCCACGGACUUUGCCACAGUGUACCAUCUAUACCUCGGAGGAGAACAAGGUGGAGAACACGUCGAAGUAAUCAAGGCCGCAAACGAGUUUGCCCAGUCUCUGAGCGAGGUUCUCGUGAACACGAAAGGAACUACCCGCCUCGCUAGCGAUGACGACGCGGUCGACCGGAUCUUGAACGUCGCCCGGACGGCAGGAGACGUUGGCGCCCGUCUCUUCUUCAACUUGCAGUCGUUCAAGCUGGGUGGACUGCAGCAGAGCCAGAAGCGGGAAGUGGCGAUGCGCAACGGUGCAGAGGCUCGUGGAGCGCUGACCAAGCUAUCGGACGUGGUCGAUGGCCUCGUCCCCAAAGGAGCCAAGGCUGCGCGUGCCAACGGCGAUAUCGGCGACAUGGUCGAACAAGAGAUGUCUAGUGCAGCUCGUGCGAUCGAGCUGGCGACUGAGCGUCUCCAAGCACUUAUGUCCAGACCUCGCGACGCUUCCCGUUUCAGUGCGGUCGACCUGCAAGUACACGAUUCGAUUUUGUCGGCUGCGAUGGCCAUCACGAGCGCUAUCGCCCGACUGAUCAAGGCUGCGACCGAGUCUCAGCAAGAGAUCGUCAAUGAGGGCCGUGGAUCUAGCUCGACGCAGCAAUUCUACAAGAGGAACAAUCGGUGGACCGAGGGUCUUCUUUCUGCGGCCAAGUCGGUUGCGUUCUCGACCAACCUGCUCAUUGAAAGUGCGGACGGCGUUCUAUCGGGGACACACUCGCUGGAGCAGCUUAUUGUGGCAUCGAACGAAGUCGCGGCUGCCACCGCGCAGCUCGUUGCGGCGUCUCGGGUCAAGGCCAACCUGAUGUCCAAGACACAGGAGCGGCUCGAGCUGGCGGCCAAGGCUGUGACCGAGGCAUGCCGAGCUCUGGUGCGUCAGGUCAAAGCUGUGUCGGCUAGACAGGCGCAGGAGGAGGACGUCGACUACAAGAACAUGGCUGUGCUGGAGUUCAAGAAACGGGAGAUGGAGCAGCAGGUCGAGAUUCUGAAGCUCGAGAAGGACCUGGGAGCUGCGCGCCACCGACUGGGCCAGAUGAGACGUGCAGGAUACCACACGGAUGAGACAGACUAAGUUGGAGGACAUUGGAUAUUUUACGUGUAAAUUUAGUGGUAGUAGCGAAUGUGAUGGGUGAUGAGACCAAUCCAACAAGGGCGGUAUAUACGUAAUAAACAAUAAA